CGGGACGCGCUGGGAAGGAGGGCGGGCGGGAAAGGAGGGAGGGGGGAGGCGGCCGGUGCCCGAUCCAAGAUGGCGGUGCAGGAAUCAGCCGCUCAGCUCUCAAUGACUCUGAAGGUGCAGGAGUACCCCACUCUCAAGGUGCCGUAUGAAACCCUGAACAAACGGUUCCGCGCUGCCCAGAAGAACAUCGACCGCGAGACCAGCCACGUCAGCAUGGUGGUGGCCGAGCUGGAGAAGACGCUCAGCAGCUGUCCCGCCGUGGACUCUGUUGUCAGCCUGCUGGAUGGGGUUGUUGAGAAGCUCAGCGUUCUGAAACGCAAGGCCGUGGAGUCCAUCCAGGCCGAAGAUGAGAGCGCCAAGCUGUGCAAGCGCAGGAUCGAGCACCUGAAGGAGCACAGCAGCGACCAGCCCGCCGCCGCCAACAUGUGGAAGAAGAAGCGCAUGGACCGCAUGAUGGUGGAGCACCUGCUGCGCUGCGGCUACUACAACACGGCUGUGAAACUGGCCAGGCAGAGCGGCAUCGAGGAUUUGGUAAAUAUUGAGAUGUUUUUGACUGCUAAAGAAGUGGAAGAGUCAUUGGAAAGACAAGAGACUAUGACUUGUUUGGCUUGGUGUCAUGACAACAAAUCCAGACUCAGAAAAAUGAAGGGGCACCAAACUGAGCCAAAGAUGGGAUGCAAAAGUCAGUGGGGCAGUGAUUACUCUAGAGAAAAUUAUGGUCUUGUUAUGGAAACCAUUAAAGAAAAACCAGAAUUGAGCUGUCUGGAGUUCAGCCUCAGGAUUCAGGAGUUCAUUGAACUCAUCCGACAGAACAAGAGACUGGAUGCUGUGAGACAUGCAAGAAAGCACUUCAGUCAGGCUGAGGGGAGCCAGCUGGAUGAGGUUCGGCAGGUGAUGGGAAUGUUGGCCUUUCCUUCAGACACCCAUAUCUCUCCCUACAAGGAUCUCUUGGACCCUGCUCGAUGGAGAAUGCUGAUCCAACAGUUUAGAUAUGAUAACUACAGACUACAUCAGCUGGGAAACAAUUCUGUUUUUACUAUAACACUCCAGGCAGGCCUUUCAGCUAUAAAAACACCGCAGUGUUACAAAGAGGAUGGCAGCUCCAAAAACCCCGACUGCCCCGUGUGUAGCAAAUCCCUGAACAAGCUGGCCCAGCCCCUGCCCAUGGCACACUGUGCCAACUCGCGCCUGGUGUGCAAGAUCUCGGGGGACGUGAUGAACGAGAACAACCCUCCCAUGAUGCUGCCCAACGGAUAUGUCUAUGGCUACAACUCUCUGCUUUCUAUCCGUCAAGAUGACAAAGUAAUUUGCCCAAGAACCAAAGAAGUCUUCAACUUCUCACAAGCUGAGAAGGUGUACAUCAUGUAGGUGUGUGACCACGGGAUGAUGCCGCUGGCAUUUUGACACAGAGUAUCUUGGCAUGCCCUGCAAAGGGGGGGGCCUUAAUGUGUGGCAAAGAAGCAAAAGCUGCCACC